GUUGUCAGUUUAAGAAAUUGUAGUCAACCACUCCACUCAAACCCCCAAACCCCCUGUUGUUGUAAAAUGUAAAUGGUUGUUGUCUCGUCACCAAGGUCCGAGCAUCCUUGUCCGAGCCAAGGUCUCUCAAGGGGUGGUGUGGUGCAGUUUUCCAUGCUUGGUUUUUAAAGCUUUCAGUAGUUUACAACUCUGCUUAGUGUUUACAGCAUUUCAAGAGUUUUUUCACAGUCUCACAAAUAAGUGGAAUAAAGUGUAUUUUUCUAGGUUUUAUUAAUAUCUAGAAUGGAAACAAAAUUACAGAAUGAAUUAUCGGAAUCAAUGAAAGAAAUAGGAAAGGCACAUAAAAAACCAUUUCCAGAAAAUGAAAAUUGUGAACAGGACAAACCAGUGACAAAUGUAGAUACAUUAUGUGAUGAUUUUACAGUGCCUUCACUUCAAGAUGAUCCUACUAAUAUGAGAAAAACAAGCAAAACUUCCAAAGAUGAUGAUGAUAAUAAAGCAUCAUCGCAUAAAUUAGAAAUUGAAGAAGGCAUCACAGCUGCCUCAAACAAUCAUUCCCAUGAUAUUGAAACUAAUGAUGAUGAUAUGAAAAUUGAAAAGUUCAGGAAAAAACAUAUUGCUAUAAUGGAUAGUGAUUCUGAAGAGGAAAUGGUUUCAACUUCACUUGCAGAAGAUAUUUCAGUACCUAUUAUCUCUGAACAAGCUGAAAACCACCCCACAGUAUCACCAAAUGAAGUAGGAACUAAAGAUAGUGAAAUCAACAACACUUGUAUUAUCAUCAAACAAUCCGAAAAUACUCUAUCUGAUAGUGAUAAUUUCAAAGUUGAUAAGAUGAAAAGGAAGCGUAUUGCAAUAGUGGAUAGUGAAUCUGAAGAUGAAUUAGGCUCAUACCCAUCUGUGAAUGAUAUUUCACCACCUUCUGAUGAUGAACAACUGAAUCAAAACAAGUUCAUUGAUACAGAUUCUGAAGAUGAUAGUUCAACAGUUUUACCAAAUGUAGAUGUAGAAAGUUUUAAUAAAAACAAGAAAAAACAUAAAUUAAUAGUUGAUAGUGAUUCUGAAUAUGAUGAUAUUACUACUCAUAACAAAAGUUUUGCUGAUGAAACUGAAAAUGACACUGCUCCCAUUUAUACAACUGAUUAUAAGGGCAAGUUGAUAGUUGAAAAUCCCAAAACAAAGAAAUCAUUGUGGACAGAUUUAUGUGACUCUGAAAGCUCUGAUGAUGAGGUGAAUCAGGAACCUGAAAACCCUACUGAUAAUGGUAAUGUGCCUUUUUUGGAAGAAGAAAUACUUGAACCAACACCUUACAAGAAAAAGCACAAACCAAAAGGUGGAGAUUCAGAGAAAAAGAUGACUAGUAAAGAAGCUGCCAAAUUGAGGAAAGAAAUUCAGUCUGAAUCCCAACGUAUGGUACGUGAAAUGGAUGUAUCCCUUCCAUAUCACAGACCUAAACAAUUCACAUUGAAGGAGUUUCUGUCAAGAAGACCAAAGCUUGCAUCUACUGUUCCAACUGCUAGUAAAAUGCCUCCAUCUAUAGCAAUGAAGAUGUCUAGAGAUCAACUAAAAGACAUUCUGAAGAAACUUGAAGAAAGAAAAAAAGAGGUUCAGGAAUUUUAUAAAUCUGAAAGUGAACCAGAAGAUAAUGAUGAUGACAAAGAUGAUACAGAUUAUGUUCCUCCAAAUGAUACAACAUAUGAAAAUGUUUCACAUAAUGAAAAUACAGUGCCAGAUCUUGUUGAUGAUGCCUCUAAAGCUACCUCAAAACCCACUCAAGAUACUGAAAUGGAGGAAAAAGUUGAAGAUUCAGGAAUUGAUAGCCAGGAAAUUGUUGAAGAUAGUCCAAUUGACCAUGGUGAAUCUGAAAAUAAUCAGGAAAAAUCAAAAGAACAAGAAUAUAAGGAAGUGGGGAGUACUGACACUAUCAAUAUUGAAGAGAAGGAAUCUGAGCAAGAAGAGAUAAUUUCUGAAUGUAGAGGUGAAAAAAAUGGAGUUGAUCUGGAAAAUCAGCACUCCAUGGAAUAUGAAUUCAAUUUGGAUGAUGUUGAAGAAAAUUCAGAAAGAAUACUCAAAUCCAUAGAAAAUAUUGAUCAAACUGAAAAACUCCAGGAAACAGAAACUGAAAAUCUUGAAGAAUCACCUAAUAAGACAGAGGAGAGACACCAGCCAGAUGAAAACCAAUGUUUUGAAGAACUUACCAACAUUAACAACCCACUGAAUACAAAGAAGCCAUUUGAUUACUCAGAGUUAGAUGAAGAAAUAGAAAAUUUCGGCAACACUGAAGAUAUAAAAGUAGUUGAGAAACCCAACUUAUCCAAAUUAGAACUGAUCAAAGAAAGGCUAGCCAAUAUCAAACCAAGACUCAGUGGAGAUCCAGAUCAUGUCAUUGACUUAGACACAAGCAUAACCCGACCCAACCAGGUAAGAGAGCUCAUUGAGAGAUUCCUACAACACAACACCAAGCAUCACCACAAACACAGGGUGAAAGUCAACGUUGUUAGUGUAGAAAGUGGGCAGAUCCAUAAAGAAACUCUAGCCAUGAAUGUAGAUGAUGAAGAUGAUCCUACAGAAAAAGAAGCAAAGCCUGGGGCAAUGCUAAUGAAGCUUAAAAGUGAGCUUCAAGAUCAGAUAAAACAGCAUAGAUCCGAAAUUUGGAAGAAAAAGGCUGUUUCAAAUGACAUACAGGAAAAAGAUCCAUAUGAAGGGGAGAAGUCAGAAUGUGGUGGUGAUGAUGAUGGUAUUCUAGAUGAGGAUGAAGAAGAAGAAAUGUCAGAGUCCAGUGAAGAAGAAGAGGAAGAAGAUGAAGGAAAUGAAGAACAAUCAACUGAAAAGAAAAAGUUAGCAUUCAUUGAUGAUGAAGCAGAAGAGAGUGAUAGGGAAGUAGAAUUUGAUGAUGAAGAAAAUGAUAUCAAGGAUAAGGGAGAAAAUGAAGAAGAAAUAGAGGAAGAAGGAGAUGAGGAUUCUUCAUCAUCAAAUGUUGCAGAAAAUCUUGAGGAAGUCCCUGUCAACAAAACAUUGAAAAGAAUAGUUAAGGGCUUCACUGAAGAUUCUGACGAUGAAGAAGAUACUUUCAACUCCCAAAAUAAUGUCACAAAUGCCAUUGAAAAUUUGAAUAAAAGUAUAACAGAGGAAACUACACAAGAUGAUGAUUAUAUUCCACCAUAUCAACUCCAGAAUACAAAAACCCCACUCAAGCAAGUUCCAUUGGCAACAACAAAGUCUGAUUUUGAUUUCUUGACUCCUAUUUCAUACAUUACUGGACUCCAAAAUCUUAAUUCAGCAUCAAAGCCCAAAAAUUCAGUGAAAUCUCCAUUUCAAAUGCCGAAUGUGCCAUCACCUCUGAAAGACAGUAACUGGCAGUCAAAUUUGCAGAAAAAGUUAUUUUCUCAUUCAGAAAUCACUAGUUCCCAGGCGGAAGCAAUUGCAGAAAUGUGUUCGAGCAAAUUCUCGGAUAGCCAAGAAACUACUGAUAGCAUCUCAAAUGACCAUCCGCCUGAUUCACAAAAUGACAUACCACCCACUGCACCACCAAAUACUCAAGACCUACUAAAUGUUUGCUCAGGCGACUUUGCCGAGACCCCCGAGCCGCAAAUCCCCGCCAGCAUGCCCCCCACCUCGCAAGACCUGCUCGACAUCUGCUCGGGCGACUUCGCGGGUACCUCGCGAGUCGUCGCUCACGAGUUCCGGCCGGCCCACGAGGAGAAGGAGUUGGGUGCCGAAGAGGAUCUGAUCAUCUCGCAGCUGCUGGACGAGGAGGAGAUGGCGAGCUUCAGGAGGAAGUUCGACUCGCCCGCGUUGAGCGCCACGCAAAGGAGGGUGGUGGAGGAGUUCGAGGGUACGGGGGGUGGGGGGGUGAUCGGGUCGGACGACGAGGACGAGGGGUUGGAGGUGAGGAAGAGGAGGAAUCAGAUGAAGCUGACGUUUUCAGAUGAUAGUUCCGAUGACGACCAAAACCAAGAUGAUGAUGAAGAAAUUGAUUUACAUGAUGAGAUUGAUGAAGAUGACGAGGAUGUGCCGGCGGAUAACAUUGGGUACGAUUCGGAAGAAAAUGAAGUAGAAUAUGUUGAUGAUGAGGAUCAAACUCAAGAACGUCCGAAGCCGCUGAAGACGGCCGACUUCUUCGAGGACGAGGCCGAGCUGUCCGAGUCGGAGUGGGGCAGCGCCGACGAAGAUGAGAAGGACUUGGACGAUUUGGAGUUUGAGCUGGGCGACACCGACAAGUUCGACGAGAAGCAGAUGCGUACUGAUUUGGAGAGGAUACACAUGCGGAGGAUGCUGGAUGACGAUACGAGAGAGGUGAAAUUACUGCAAGAACUCUUAUUAGAAGAUGGCGAACUACACGGCUCUGGCAGACAGAGGCAAUUCAAAUGGAAGAACCUCGAUUCUGUGAACGACGACGACGAAGAAAGCAAGAAAGAAGAAGACGACGCGUACCUCGACGAAGACGAGAGCGAAGAACAGUGGCGGAGGAAACGAUUCGAGAGGGAGAUGUUCUUGAAGGAGAAACAGUCGAAGUCGCAGGCGGUGGCGGAAGUUGAGGACGACGAUGAGGAUGUGUUGGAAGAGAGCCAGUUUCUGAAGAUCGGGCAUAAAGUGAUGGGGAGGUCUCAGAGUAGUUCGCAGAGUAACGUUUCUGUAGAGAAAACAGUAGGGACGCUUGGCAGCCCGGAUAUCAAGAGUGCUUUUAGUUUAACGAAUAAAAGAGGAUCUUUCCUCUCCAGGAACGAUCAGGUAUUGCAGAGGCUAGCCGAAUACAACAAACAAACAACCAACAUCGCUUUGGGAACUGCCACGGCCAAAAAUUCGAGGAAUUUCUUGUUUCAAACUGUUUCAGUAAUGAAGACAACAGAAAUCGAAGUUAAAAAACGGAAAACCACGGAUGAUACGCCGAGGGCUAUCAAGAAGUUGAGGUUAUCUGAUAAUUUGAGUCCUGCAGUGAAAAAGAAACCUGAGAGACUCGGUGCUAAGGCUAAGCUAUUUGGCAAUCAUUGACUGAUGCUAGUUUUGUAUAGAGUGUUUUUUAUUUAUGUUUAUUACAAUGUUGUACAAAUUUGAAUUUAAUAUAGUUUCCAUUUUAUU